CUUUUGAGAAAAGUCCCAUGAAUUGGAUGACACCAAGUGGCUCUGUGUCCGGAAUUGGUGGGUUCUUGGUCUUACUGACUUCAAGAAUGAAGCCGCGGACCCUCGUGGUACUUGGAAAAAUGGACAAGGCCUGUGAAAUGAAACGCACCGUGCUGGACAGCCCUCUGGGGAAGCUGGAGCUGUCUGGGUGUGAGCAGGGUCUGCACGAAAUAAAGCUCCUGGGCAAGGGGACGCCUAAAGCUGAUGCCAUGGAGGUCCCAGCCCCAGCUGAGGUUCUCGGAGGUCCGGAGCCCCUGAUGCAGUGCACAGCCUGGCUGAAUGCCUAUUUCUACCAGCCCGAGGCUAUCGAAGAGCUCCCCGUGCCGGCUCUUCACCAUCCCGUUUUCCAGCAAGAGUCGUUCACCAGACAGGUGUUAUGGAAGCUGCUGAAGGUUGUGAAAUUCGGAGAAGUGAUUUCUUACCAGCAAUUAGCAGCCCUGGCAGGCAACCCCAAAGCCGCGCGAGCUGUGGGAGGAGCAAUGAGAAACAAUCCUGUGCCCGGAGUACAGCAGCUAGCAAAACAGACAAAAAGGCCUACCUGCGAGGUGCCUGCAUCCUAGCAGGAUGACCGAGCAAGGGUGCACAUCCAACCCCAUCUCUCUGCGGGCUGCAGUCCCCCUGAGGCCCAGGGCUCCCUGGGUCUCAAGAGCUAAAGCAUCACACGUGAGCACACAAGGCGGGAGGCCUUGCAGCAUGGGACGAGGGACCUGGACCACACACCUCCUGUCUCACCGGGGAUGGCAGCCACCCCAGAGCCCUUCUGUGUCCUCAUCCUUCCCACGCGUCUGCAGUCAGGUUUCACUGAACUCGAGGCUCCCAGGCUAUGCAGCCUCAGGCCGUGCUCCCCAAAGGACAAGGCCCAACCGGGACACAGCAUGGGUGGGCAGCAUGGCCUGUGGUGCCUGGGGGCAUUGUGGGUGCCCUUGCUGUCCCAUCUCACAGCACCUGGGCCUGGCAACUGGGCCGCAGGCCAUCUGGCAUGAAGGGGGAUGUCACACACAGCAUGCCAUGUGGGCCUGGCCAAGGCCACGCGUGCCUGUGUGUGUGGGCAGGAAGGGUGCCCCCAUCUGCAUGGCCCACUGGGAGAACUCACACAACCUUGAGAACACCCCUGGAAUAUUCACCCAGUGAGGGUGUGUGGUCACGUUGGCAAUGUCUUCUCCCAAAAACUCUAUGAAAGUUUGUAACACGAUGGAAGCAUACCAUCUGAUCAGGGAGCGCAAACAUGAUCGCUCCAUCAUGGGAUGGGAAAUUACUAAAUCAGAUAGGCCUCGCUUUUUGAAAAAUUGCUGUGGCUUUGCUGUCGGUUUCCAAAACUGUUUCCAUCCCUGCUCACAGCGGGAGAGGCCGGUGAGUUCACACCACAGCCUGCUGCUCCUGCUGCCCGCUGCGGCAGCCCGGGGCAGAGCCUCCAUUUCUAGGAGGUGACAGUUACGUAGGCUUUUACACAAAACUGCAUUGUUAGUCCCUAAAAAGCAAGUCCGGUAGGUUUGCAGUGGAUUUCAUUGUCGUAAUGUACACCCUAAUCUAGGUGAGCUUUCUGCCCUAUUAAAAUAUCCCAAAUAUCCCAGGAGGGAGAUACCACAGGGACAGCCACCAUCCCCACCUCCUCCUCCAUCUCUUCCUGUCCUCAGUUUUGGUGACAGUGGCUGGUGGGUGCAGUUGGCCCUUCCUUUUGCACCUGUUGCACGUUAAUUGCAACGUCUUCAGCUACAUUGUCGUAAAACAUCUGCACCUCGCCGUAGGGAUCUGAUUUUUACAGCACUUUGGGAGAUGUUUCCUAAUCAAAUUUCUGAGGAUGGCUUUUGACAUUUCCCAGUAAAGCUUAACCUACAUCCCCGUCUGGAAGGCCGCUGUCUUCUCUCUGGCUGUGAGUCAGUUUUGAGGUGUUCAGCCUGACGAAAAGGCAGCUCAGAUGCCGUUGUGUGGUGGCUCCGUGUAGGGCCCAUGAGAACUGUGGAUGCGAAUGGGGUUUUGGGGGUCCUCUUCCUGCAUCAGUGCAGUGACCGUUUCAGGCAAUGUCUACUCUUUGUGCCCUUUGAGGAGAGUAAGUCCUUGUCUUCUCGCUGAGGUGGAUUCUGCUCCCUCUGUGCACACACGUGAAGAUGGGAGUGGUGCCGUCGGUGGGCGCCGACUCUGCUCGCUCCCUCGUGUGUGCAGCUCCCCUUUUGCUGUAAAGACAAGCUCCACUGACUGACAUGUGCAGCGUGGCAACACUCUCCCCCACCAGCCUUUCGUGACGCCAGCAGUUUCUCACUCUGCAGUGAAGAUGCCGUCGCUGGUUAGCAAUCCUGCUUGUGGCGAUAUUCGGAGACAUUUAUUGUUCUGCAAACCAGCGUGACUCUCUUCUCCUGCUAUUAAUCUCUAUGAGUGUCUCUGUUCCAGUAUGACCUCAGUCACUGCAGUGUAUAAAGUAGUAUCACAUAGGGUAUAAAACCCUAAUGUCCAUAAAGUCCACACAUCGACACCCCGUCACAUGGCAAAGCCAAGACUGGACAUGAGCACAGCGUCAGGCAGGAGGGUUCUACAAGCACCAAGUCUCGCCCUUCUCAGCGUCCACAUGCCUCCUGUGCCCAGGGCAGCCAGGCGGUGGUGGCCUCCCGCGGCCUUUCUGUGGGCUCCACCGUGUGCAGUGACCUUCAACCUGAGGAGGAGGCUGCAGCAGGACCCGCGGCUGUGGUGCCCACAGACGCCUCAAAUUAUAGCACAGAUAUACCAGAGAUAUUCCUGCAAGAAGCCUUCAGCUACAUAGUUUACUAUCAUUCAGGUUGACAGGCUCCCAAAUUCCCAUUCGAAACCUCAUUAGAAUGGGCUAGGAGGAUGAAAAGGUAUCCCAGGGACUUGAGGGAGGAAGAGCCCUGGCCAGCAAUGAGCCACUGCUGCUGUCAGUGUCCUCAGGAAUGUUUCCCUUUGGCGCUGACAGCAGCGUCCCAGCCAGAAGCCUGCACACAUCCACUCCAGCCCAGAGGGUGCAUCGCUGAGACUCGCUCAUUGAAAACAUCCCUUAUAUUCAGGCUGAAUAGAGUGAUUGUGCAUUUAAGGGAGGGGAGUGAAAAAUGGACUUGGAAUGUUAGAAAACAUCGUAAAGCUCAUUGUGCAUUAAUUCCUUAGGUGGCUUGCAAUAAACAGGAGCACAUGCUGGUUCGUAUUACUGCAUUUGCUGUCGGCAUGAGUUUCUCUUCCCCAACCAGAGUAAGGGAUGGCUUUUGCCAUGCAGGGGUUUCCUCUAUCCUAGGAGCUUGAUUUCUCCAGAAUUUUCCAGGAAGGACUCACCAGCCAGUGUAAGGUGGUUGGUCAGCAUUCCUGGAAGGCUGUCUCCCCAACCCAGCAGGAGAGGAUGGUCAGUUUCCCAGUAUAUUGAGUAGAAAACUCCUUACAGCCCACCCCCUCCACAAAGCACCCUUCCUCUUCAUCCUCAGACAGAAUUUGCUAAAUGCAGUUCAAAGGCAAUCGAUACAUUGCACAGAGAGUCUCUCCACCUUUUUCUAAACAAAUGCAUUCCUGAGGAGUUAGUUUAUUCACAGAUUGCCAUGAGCGUUAAUGACCCCCCGAGUCUUGUUCUGCCAGUCACCCAGAUGGCUGCUGAUAAAGACUUAGCAUCAUGUUCUAAGUGUCAGGGUUGUCAGUGGAGCUGAACCAUUUGACCAGAAGAAAAAAACGCACAGGGAGCUAUUGAUUACAGCUUCUCGGUGUCACUUGUUCACCAGGAUUUAGGUAUUGAUGAGGCUGCAAGUGAAAACAAGCUCUUUCCCUUGUGGGCUGCUGCCCAGAAGAACAAAGGCGAAGCUGGAAAAAAUAUUCAGCUGGUACCAGAAUCAGAGGGAUUCCAUCAUUGAUUGAAAGGCCCCUUCAUGUUAUUUUUGUUGGAAACAAAUCUAUGGGUUUGGAAGUUUUAUAGCAUUUGAGAAAGGGGCUGCAUAAGUGAUGGAUUCGCGUAUUGGAUGAAUUAGAUUUCACAGCAUGAAGAUUUCAAUGCAGCUGUGAUAUUAUGAGCUUCUUGGUUAUUGAUAAAAAUUACAUUUUAUGCAGCACAUGCUUGAAAGGAGAGGACAUAGAGGAUACGGAUCCUUUGAAAAUGUCCUUAGGGCCCCGAUACAUUUCAGCAGGUUUCAUUAUUUUAAUAGUCUGAAACCUGCCGCCAAAAUUCACACAAACAGAAGCAGCGUUCCCUAUUUCUGAUGGUAAAAAGAGUGCCUAUUUGGUAAGUCACCUCUUCCCCAUCCCAGCAUGCUAAGGUGAGGACUGGUCCUAGCUGUCGGGGUCAUUGUUACUCCGUGCUGUCUGUCCUGGCCUCUGCAUUGAUGUAUAGGGAGAGGGAGACGCGUUUAUUUUACUAACUUUUAUAAUUUCGUAGCUCAUGGAGAGGGAGAGAAGAAAAACCGAAGCUCUGCUGUGAAGUCUGCUCUUAGGCAGGAAAACUGAACACUGGUGCCUAAAUGUUUAUAAACCGAGAUUGAAUUAAAUGCCUACCUCUUUAUCAGCCAAAAAGGUGAAUUUGUAUUAUCUGAUAACGCCCUCACAGGAGUUAUUAAUGGCACUAUUGUAUUUGAUAAAAAUCGUCCAUCAGGGUAAAUAUUCCAACCUGGAGAUUUCCUGUGACUCCUUCCGGAAGAUGGGUUCUCGGCUGUUCCAGAACUUGGCAGUUACUACACCUCACUCUAUUAAACUCAACGCUGGAAACAGUCAGCCCUCUGCCACCUGUGUGUUCCCAUGUCAUAGUCAUCAGAAGCCUCUUAGACUGCGUCAUUGGUGCGUGUUACCAUGGUGACCCAAACUCAUCGUCAAAUCAGGACGAGCUGCAUGAUGUGCGGGACGCCAGAGCCCCAUCUUGCAGCCAUGUCAUCUGCCGGCACCGGCUGCCAUCCCACAAGGUCCCACCUCAACCGUCCACGUCAGGGAGGAGCAGUGUGGUGCGUGGAGCCGUGCAGGAGAGUGGUUAGAGCCCCUUCUUUGCCACUUAACAGCCUUAUGAACUUGGGCACGAGACUCCAUUCGGCUGGAGGCUGACAGGCCUGGUGGGGCCCGGCGGGGGUGAUGAGGGCCAUAGCUGGGGUGGAAGAUGCAGCAGCAUCAGGAACAGGCAUACCUGCUCCCAGGGGCUUUAAGCACCUUUUCCAGGGGGGGGCUGGGGCUUCCCCCACCUCCCUCAGGGACGUGUGUAGCUGGGCCCCACAGAGGGCCACCCAGCAGAUGAAACCUGUGUGGCAGGUCCGUGUGUGACAGUGACACAAGCUGCCUGCCCUGAAAGCCUCGGGGGAUGCAAGGAUAGGAAUCACCUCCCUAGGAAGCAGAGGUGCCCAAGAAAUAGAGCUUGGAGAUGCUGGACCCACGCCCCCAGCUGCUUCCUCUAAAAGCUCACCUGACCAGUAACUGAUUGCUUUGUCCAGUUCACUGGCUUUGAAGGGUGGAGUGUGGGGAAGCUGGGCAUGGGCGGAAAUCAUCUCUCUGUUGAGCUGGGGAUACGUGGAGAGAAGAAGAAGAGUGGAGUCGGAGUGAUACCCAGGGGUACCCGGAGUGAUACACAGCGGUAGCCUGGACAUGCCUCAUCCUUGGGAUCCUGUAGGAACGGCUGUUUUUUCUCAUCGGGGUAGGACGCUGGGAGCAGGGCAGCCAUGUGUGAGGGCCUGGGGAGAGGCCCCAGGUCCGCAGCAUGCGUGUAUGGGCCAUCUGGGUUGUGGGGAUGAGUGGGCUGCCCUCCAGCUCAGGAUGCAGGAGGAAGGGGGUCCAGGCAGUAAGCGGUCGCUAGACUUCUCCCAUGUGCCCUCCACAUGUCGUGCCAGCCAAGAACCUUCCAGAGCAAGCUUGGUGCCCUUCCCCCUUCCUCUGGAGCCCGCGCUGGCUCCUUUGGUUAUGCACAUUGGCAGUUUACCUUCUUCACGGAGCAGUCACUGUGAUGCUUUGCACGGUGAUGAGGCAUGUCCCCCAACACAUCUGCCGAGAUGUCCUGGCCCCUUAGUGGCUGCCCACCCAUGCACCUGCUCCCCAGAUAGCAUGAGCUACUUAGGGAUGAAGGCUGUUGCCCGGGAGGCUCUCCGGCCAAUUCUUGCCUUAGAAAUCUGUGCAAGACUUCCCCACAUGCCCCUGGGAAGCUGUUCUAGAGAAGCUCUUCACAGUAACUGCUUGUUGGGAUGCCUAAGCACAUGGCCCUGGAGCCCCUGGAGUCCCCUGCAGUGGCCAUGCAGGCUGUGUGGCCAUCCCUGUCUGCCCAGGCAGAGGGGGACAACCAGAGAGAUGCCCAUAUGUUACAUCCCUGUCUUCCACCUUUCUAAGCCAACUGAGAAAUGGAUAGCAGACCUCAAGAUUUUAGCUUUAUUAGGAUAAAUGCAAGAUUGAAGGGGGCAGGUGGGGGGCCAGUGGCAUGGCCAUGGUGGCUUCCCAGUAAUUCCCACAAGAAUUACACUCACCAUCAUUGUCCCCUCUGGCUAAGCUCAGGCCCCCCAACCAGGGCAGGGACUGACCAUCUCAGAAGAGAUCAGGGCGCCCAGAGCCCUGGGGCAGACAGGUCACCUGCAGGAGCCCUAACAGUGCUAAGCUGGGCGUACCCCUCUUCCUCCCUUAUCGGUGGUCAGUGACUCAUUCGCCUUUGUGGGGGUGAGAGUGGAGGAGGCCAGCACCCACAUGGAAACCAGAGGCAGGGGCCACAGCACCUGCCCCCACCCACCACAGGUGGCUCUCAGAGCUUCAGCCGGACAGUGGACUCAUGGAGCUCCUCCUGUCUACACAGCUCAGGCAAUGCCAGAGGACCAAGGCAGAGUCUCCCCGAGGACGGCACUGAAGGAGGCGCCUGCCCCUCUGGAGGGAACAGGGAUUCCCUUCCCCUGGUGGGACUGACCAUAAAGAAGCAGUUGGUAGGCAGGAUCCGGGGCCUGUGCAUGGCCGCGUGGUUGUGGUCCUCACUGGAUCAGCCCCUAUCAGCACAGGGCAUCCUGAGUUUAGGUCAGCCACAGAUCCGGAUCGUGCUGGCUCCAGGCGAGGAAAUAACAGGUCGGGCACUGCCGGAGGCCCCAGGAGGCUACAGCCAGAGGCCUGUCCCUGGUGGCAUGGGAGCCACGUGGGAGUCACUGCCUGCAACUCGGAGCUCUCUGGAGCCAUGCCCUCACCCUUUCAAGGUGGUGCCAGCCCUGGCCUCACGUGCGGGAUGAGGAUGGCAGCAUCUUGAGCUGUGGGUGAGUUUGGGUGAACGUGUAGAUGGCACCUUGAGAGCGUCGCUGCCUUGGGUCCCUGGGUGGAGCCCUUUUGACCAUCGCUGCUUCCUCUUUGGUUGGGUGGGGGUGGUUUAUCGCUUUUUGAAGCCCCUGUGCUAGUUUAAGACAGGUGUGUGCUCAGUAUCACUCUCAGGUGAAUGGCUGGAUGACAGCUCUGUCUCCCCAAGCUCCUGAGUGGGGAGGCUGCAGCAGCCUGUGGGAGGGCUGAGGGCAGGGAGGGAUAUUGGGUCUGGGAGGGGCUGAGCAUGCCCUACCCCCAGUGGGGGUGACCAGGGAGCUUCUCAGACCCCUACAGGCACCCCAAGACUACAGAGGGAGACACAUCCUGCUCCUGGGCACAGCGUGAGGCAGGGGUUGGCCAAGUCCUCCUGUCAAGGGCCAGAGAGUAAAUAUGUUAGGCUUGGCAAAGCAGCCACAGCCAGUAUGGAGAAAAAGGCAUGGCUGCGUUCCAGUAAAGCUUCAUUUACAAGAGCAGGUGGUGGGCGGCAUGGGCCCACAGCCACAGUUGGCCGGCCAUGGGCUGGAGAGGCCUGUGCAGGUACAGUCUUCUCUGAUGUUUCCUGUGAUGCCUGGGUGGUGUCUGGGGGAGUGUUUGAGAGCGUCACAUACCACCAGAACUUGGAAAUGUAGUUUUCGGUUUUGUAAGUGAAUGUUGUAAAUUACUCACCAGGUGAAAUUCAGUUUUCUCCUCCCAAAUCUUGGCAUAAAGUGAUUCUCUGAAGAUGCCCCAUGCCACCUCAGCGCAUUCGUCCCUCCCCCAGUCCAUGCCGAGACCUCCAGGGACUCAAGGGCCUCGGGAGGGGAAGUUCAUGCUGAGACAUAGCUGGCACCCACCCAUGCCAACAGCCUGCCCCCGGCAUGGGCCCCUGCUUAGUGGGCACAGGACUCUUGUCAAUCAGGGCCUUGGCCUUGACCCCAAAGACCUCAUUGUCCAGAUCCCUGACUGACGGUGGCUUCCUCCCUGUC